AUGAAAACCAAUACUAAAGAUGCCAAUCAAGAUGCCAUUGGCCCAAUUGCCUCUGAAGUCGAAGGCAAGAGGCACUUCCGCCUACGGACAAUUUUCAGCGUGGUUGUUAUGUGUCUCGGCUCCAUCUCCUACGCCUACUCAGCAGGAAUCAUUGGAAACACGAUUGCACAACCCAGCUUCUAUCAAUACAUGAAGCUGAACGACACCAAUUCCGCUGCCCUGCUCGGUGCGGCAACUUCACUUUACUAUACUGGUGGCGUCUUCGGAGCCUUAUCCAGCCACUGGAUCGGGGAUCGAUUUGGUCGAAAGACUUCCAUCUAUAUCGGAGGUGCAAUCAUUGUGGUUUCAGCGGCGCUGUGUGCAGGCUCGGUCCACAUUGCAAUGUUCAUUGUAUUUCGAUUCGUCAGCGGCUUUGGGGCUCUGAUUUUGUCAAUGACUAUUCCCGUGUGGAUAACAGAGUGCGUACCGCCCGAAGUGAGAGGUGCCUUCGCCCAAUUUCACGCCGUCGGCGUAAGUACGGGCUACCUCCUGGCUAGUUACGUCGGCGUUGGCUUUUACGUCAACGUAAGCCACACAUCCUUAGCAACGUGGAGAGGACCGCAAGCGAUCGGAGCCGUACCAGCAAUUUGUCUCCUUUGUGGGCUUUGGUGGGUUCCCGAGUCUCCACGAUAUCUCCUAAUGAAAGGCAAAGAGGGAGAAGCCCGGAAUAUCAUUCGAAAACUUCAUUCCUCAUCUGGAGAUACACGAUUUGCGGAGAUUGAAGCAUUUCAAAUGAAGAAACAGAUCGAACUGGAUCGCACUCUACCAUCGUCUUGGGCAGAAAUCUUCCGAAGGCCAUCCUUGCGCAAACGGAUGCUUAUGACAGUAUUUGUCGUGUUCUCAGUGCUCUCUAGUGGCAAUCUAACCAUCGUUCUCUACGCGACUCAACUAUACGAGGCAUUGGGAUUUGAUGCGUUGAAACAGCAGCUCCUUCAAGCCGGUCAACUAGCUGCCGUCAUGCCUGGUUUGUUUGCUGCAAUCUUCUUCACGGAGAAAUUUCGACGACCUACCAUGGUUGCGGUUGGCCUUUCAGGAAUGGUCAUUGUUCUGUCAUGCUAUACGGCUGUUUCGGCCCAGUUUGCCAAUUCUAGUAACAAGUCGGCCCAGAUAGCUGGUGUCGCCCUGGUCUACCUAUACCUUGUUCUCAGCGCCGCGCUCACCGAGGGCCCUUGCGCCUACUGGAGCGCCGAGUUCUGGCCUACGCAUCUCCGGGCCAAAGGGGCUACCAUUAACGUCGUCACCUUUUGCGUCGUCAGCAUUUUAUGGACUCAGUCGGCUUCCUCUGCAAUCGCCAAUAUCCAGUGGAGAUUUUUCUUGGUCUUUAUCUGUAUUACAGCUAUCAACGCCCCAAUUAUCUACUACUUUUUCCCCGACACGCAGGGAAAGAGUCUGGAGGAAGUUGCGCUGCUCUUUGGGGACACGGAUCUUGUGGUCGUUCGCCAGGAAGACAUUGUGUUGGACGCAGACAGUCAUAGGAUUACAGGGAAAAUUCACGUAGGAGGCGAAGAGAAGUCGGUCGCAGAGCACUUGGACAUAGUUGUGUAG